AUGUUGUCCAAAGUUCCUAAGGAGCUUUUGUCCGCCAACACGGGCCAGUCGCAAGACCUACGCCUUAGACUGCUGAGAGGCUCUACUAUAGUGUUCUUCGGUACGGGUUAUCCCGCCAAGCGCUUUAUUUAUGAAAGAGCCUACGAUCUCGGCGUGAACGUGGUUUUGGUGGAUGAGCCUGACGCCUGGUGCAAGUCACUUGUCGAGGAAGGGAAAGUGUAUAAGUUCAUUCCUAUGGAUAUCAUGUCGUCCGAUCAGGAUAGGGUGGUUGCUGAUACGGUGGCCGCACUAAGUGAACUGGACCACGUUGAUGGUAUUUGUACCUUUUACGAGUUGGCCUUACAAACCAUGGCUCGCAUCGGUGAAGAACUAGGCGGUCUACAUAGUCCCUCUGAGCAAUCUAUUAUGAUUGCUAGAGACAAGUACGCCUCUCGACGAGCUCUCAAGGUGGCCGGUCUUCCCAGUGUUGAGAACUAUCUGAUACAGUCCGAGGACGACCUGCUGGCUGCUGCUAACGUUGUGGGCUUUCCGGCUGUACUCAAGCCACUUAGCGGGUCUGCUUCUCAAGGUGUUAAGAAGGUCACUGAUCUGGAAGACCUUCGUAUGACGUAUGGGGACACCCGAGAUCUCAUUUCGAGCAUGGUUGUUGUUGAUGGCGAAUUCAGUGGUAACUGCGCUUCUGAUGGUCCUAAGGUUCACUUUGGUGAUUUCAUGCUUGAGGAGUAUCUCGACGGUGCUGAAGUGGAUGUUGAUAUGAUCAUGUGUGGUGGUAAGUGUGUGUAUGCAGCAGUGCAUGACAACGGUCCUACUGUCGAGCCUUACUUUAUGGAGACGUGGGAUGUCAUGCCCAGUAUGCUUCCGAAAGAUCAGGUUGAAAGUCUGGAGAAAAUGGCGGUUGACUCCGUACGUGCUAUGGGUUUCACUAAUGGCGUUUUUCAUGUCGAAGGCAAGUACACUGGUCGUCGGGGUCCAAGGCUCAUCGAAGUGAACGCUAGGUUGGGAGGUGGGCCUAUUUACAUUAUGANNNNUAGUUUCGAGAAAAGUUGGAAACAAAAAGAAGUCCCGUCACUACUUGCCAGUCGAGACGAGGCCCUCUGCUAA